UAUAUCGCUGGGCUCGUGGAAAACUGCAGGCAACGAUAGAACAACCAUUUCAGGGAAGGUAUAUAUUUGAAUUCCGACAUACUACAUAAGUCAUGCCCCAGAACGCACUGGUGACAAUCAGAUUUGGUCCCUAUGAAUCGAGCGGUUUGGUAGAACACAGAAUACUUCGAUUGCAGGGUUUGCAAGCUGUUCUCCAAGCAGAUGGGCACCGCUGCAUCCUAGAGGAAAUAACAGAUUGGAAUACUGUUGAACUUAUUGUGAAUGGAGAAAACAUUUUCCACUGUAAUAUUAAGGAUCUUGAAUUUGGAGGAGAUGGCUUACUGGAUCCACUUUGCCAAGCUGCUCGAGAAGCUGUGCUGAAGGCUUACUAACAGAAUAAAUGUCAUGAACCAAUUAUUUUUUGUUACUAUUACAGAUUAACUU